UAAAAAUAAAAAUUUACAGUUGAUGUAUUAUCAGUAAAUUAAGUAAAAGUAAGUGAAUUAAAGUUUUGCGACUCAUGUAAAAUCUAUAAAACCAGCACAACAAUUCAUUGUAGAAAAUGUGAUAAUUGUGUUUAAGGUUUUGAUCAUCAUUGUGUAUGGUUAGGAUAAUGUAUAGGAUAAGGAAAUUAUCGUUAUUUUUAUAUGUUUAUCUUAUUUUUAACAAUGAUGCUUACUUUAUUUAUUAUUGUACAAAUCUUGCAUAUGAUUUAUAUGGAUGAUAAUGUAAUAGUAGAGUUAAUAAUUUAUACUCUAUAAACAUUAGGAUUUCUAAUUUUCUCAAGUUAUUUAUUAGUUUUGCAUACUUAUUUAAUUUUUGUUAACAAAACUACUUAUGAAUAUAUAACAAUAAAUAGAUUUGUUAUAAAUUAUCAUAAGUAAUUGUUUUAUGAGGGAUAAGGUAUUUUGUUGUAAAGAAGAUUAAAUAGAUUAUAUCAAAGUGUUUGGUAAAAAUUAUUAAAACCAAUUAGAUCUUAAUUCAUAUCAUUUAGUUAAAAUGUAUUAUUAUAUAGAAUAUAUAUAGGUUUAUUAAGAAGUACCAUCUUAUGUUGAAUAGAUAAGAAUUAAAUAAAAGAUGUAGUUUAUGUUUAAUGAUACAAUAGAUAAAAUUUAAUUAGAAGAGAAAACAAAAACUUAUUAAAGUGAAUUAUGUAGUGGUAAAUAGAAUAGAUUAAAGUCAAGUUAAAGAUAAAAUGAGAGUUCUUUACAUUAGUAAGAAUUUGAUUUUAGAUUUUUUAAAGUAGAAUCAGAAAGUAAUGGUGAGCAGAUGAAUUAGUUUUCUCAUGAUUCUUUAUAGAGAGAAUAAAAAACUGAUUUAAAAAUAUAUGGAUUAUCAAAAUCAUAACAUAUUUAAUAUAAUAGUUUGAAAGAUGUUUAGUAAGAGAUUUAGACAGUAAAAAAUUAAUAAGAUGAUUAAUUAAGUAGUUAAUUCAAUGAUAAAGAAAUUGUUUAAAUAGAUAGUAAAUAAGGAUGA